CCGCGGCGGGGAAAGCAGCUACCCACUCCGCGGAGCGCAGACUCCUUUUUUUCCUCCUCGGGAGGGUGUCGCCACCUGGAUCGCCAAGUGUGAGGGGUCCGGGAGGCGGGGACCGGAGCACGGUGACCGGCCAUGGCUCAAGCGGCCAAACAGCUGAAGAAAAUCAAAGACAUCGAGGCUCAGGCCCUCCAGGAGCAGAAGGAGAAGGAGGAAUCCAACAGGAAGCGGAGGAACCGCUCCCGUGACCGAAAGAAGAAGGCCGAUGCUGCUACCAGCUUUCUGAGAGCAGCAAGAUCAGGUAACUUGGACAAAGCGCUGGACCACCUGCGGAAUGGGGUAGACAUUAACACCUGUAACCAGAAUGGGUUGAAUGGAUUGCAUCUGGCCUCUAAAGAAGGCCACGUGAAGAUGGUGGUGGAACUUCUGCACAAAGAGAUCAUCCUAGAAACCACAACCAAGAAGGGGAACACGGCGCUGCACAUCGCCGCCCUCGCGGGUCAGGACGAGGUGGUGCGGGAGCUCGUCAACUAUGGCGCCAACGUCAAUGCCCAGUCACAGAAAGGCUUUACCCCCCUGUACAUGGCAGCACAAGAGAAUCACCUGGAGGUGGUUAAGUUUUUGCUGGAAAAUGGAGCCAAUCAGAAUGUAGCCACGGAAGACGGCUUCACCCCUCUGGCCGUGGCUCUGCAGCAGGGCCACGAGAACGUGGUGGCACACCUCAUCAACUAUGGGACGAAGGGGAAGGUGCGCCUGCCGGCCCUGCACAUCGCGGCCCGCAAUGACGACACGCGGACGGCCGCGGUGCUGCUGCAGAAUGACCCCAACCCCGACGUGCUUUCCAAGACGGGAUUCACCCCCCUCCACAUCGCAGCUCACUACGAGAACCUCAACGUGGCCCAGCUCCUCCUCAACCGGGGGGCCAGUGUCAACUUCACGCCCCAGAACGGCAUCACGCCACUGCACAUCGCCUCCCGCAGGGGAAACGUGAUCAUGGUGCGGCUCCUGCUGGACCGCGGAGCCCAGAUAGAAACGAGGACCAAGGAUGAAUUGACACCUCUCCACUGUGCGGCUCGGAAUGGGCACGUGCGCAUCUCAGAGAUCCUGCUGGACCACGGAGCGCCCAUCCAAGCCAAAACCAAGAAUGGCCUGUCCCCAAUCCACAUGGCGGCUCAGGGAGACCACCUCGACUGUGUCCGACUCCUCCUGCAGUACAACGCAGAGAUAGACGACAUCACCCUGGACCACCUGACCCCGCUCCACGUGGCAGCCCACUGCGGCCACCACAGGGUGGCCAAGGUCCUUCUGGAUAAAGGGGCCAAACCCAACUCCAGAGCCCUGAAUGGCUUUACCCCCUUGCACAUCGCCUGCAAGAAGAACCACAUCCGAGUCAUGGAGCUGCUGCUCAAGACCGGAGCCUCCAUUGACGCCGUCACCGAGUCCGGCCUGACGCCGCUCCACGUGGCCUCCUUCAUGGGGCACCUGCCCAUCGUGAAGAACUUGCUGCAGCGGGAGGCGUCCCCCAAUGUCUCCAAUGUGAAAGUGGAGACUCCGCUACACAUGGCUGCCAGAGCAGGGCACACAGAAGUGGCCAAAUAUUUGCUCCAGAACAAAGCCAAAGUCAAUGCCAGGGCCAAGGACGACCAGACCCCGCUCCACUGUGCUGCUCGCAUCGGCCACACGAACAUGGUGAAACUCCUGCUGGAGAAUAAUGCCAACCCCAACCUGGCCACCACGGCCGGGCACACCCCUCUGCACAUCGCGGCCCGAGAGGGCCACGUGGAAGCGGCGCUGGCCCUUCUGGAAAAGGACGCAUCCCAGGCGUGCAUGACCAAGAAAGGAUUUACCCCUCUCCACGUGGCGGCAAAGUACGGGAAGGUGCGGGUGGCUGAGCUGCUCCUGGAGCACGACGCACAUCCAAAUGCAGCUGGAAAAAGUGGCCUGACGCCCCUGCACGUGGCCGUGCAUCACAACCACCUGGACAUCGUUAAGCUGCUGCUGCCCCGGGGUGGCUCCCCGCACAGCCCGGCCUGGAACGGCUACACCCCUCUGCACAUCGCCGCCAAGCAGAACCAGACGGAGGUGGCCCGCAGCCUGCUGCAGUACGGGGCCUUGGCGAACGCAGAGUCGGUGCAGGGAGUGACACCCCUCCACCUGGCUGCCCAGGAGGGCCACGCGGAGAUGGUGGCCCUGCUGCUCUCCAGACAGGCCAACGGGAACCUGGGUAACAAGAGUGGACUCACUCCCCUCCAUCUGGUCGCACAGGAAGGCCACGUUCCAGUGGCAGACGUGCUGAUCAAACACGGCGUUACGGUGGAUGCCACUACCCGGAUGGGCUACACCCCGCUCCACGUGGCCAGUCACUAUGGAAACAUCAAGCUGGUGAAGUUUCUGCUCCAGCACCAGGCAGACGUCAAUGCCAAGACCAAGCUAGGAUACAGCCCCUUGCACCAGGCAGCUCAGCAAGGACAUACAGACAUCGUGACACUGCUUCUCAAAAACGGUGCUUCCCCAAACGAGGUCAGCUCGAAUGGAACCACACCUCUGGCCAUAGCCCGGCGCCUGGGCUACAUCUCCGUAACAGACGUGCUCAAGGUUGUCACCGAUGAAACCAGUGUCGUGUCUGUCAGUGACAAGCACCGGAUGAGCUUCCCUGAGACGGUGGAUGAGAUCCUUGAUGUCUCUGAAGAUGAAGGAACCGCUCAUAUAACUAUAAUGGGGGAAGAACUUGUCAGCUCCAAGGCUGAGAAGCAGGAUUCCAGGGAAGUAGAUGAAGAGAAAGAGCUGCUGGACUUCGUGCCGAAGCUGGACCAAGUGGUGGAAUCCCCAGCCAUCCCGCGGAUCCCAUGCGUCACACCCGAGACGGUGGUGAUCAGACCCGAGGAGCCAGAACAGGCAUCUAAGGAGUAUGACGAAGACUCACUCAUCCCCAGCAGCCCAGCCACAGAGACCUCGGACAACAUCAGCCCGGUGGCCAGCCCCGUGCACACAGGGUUCUUGGUGAGCUUCAUGGUGGACGCCCGCGGGGGCUCCAUGCGGGGCAGCCGGCACAACGGCCUGCGUGUGGUGGUCCCGCCGCGGACGUGCGCGGCGCCCACCCGCAUCACCUGCCGCCUCGUGAAGCCUCAGAAGCUGCCCACGCCGCCCCCGCUGGCUGAGGAGGAGGGCCUGGCCAGCAGGGUCAUCGCGCUGGGGCCCACGGGAGUCCAGUUCUUGAGCCCUGUGAUCGUGGAGAUCCCCCACUUUGCUUCCCCCGGCCGCGGGGACCGUGAGCUCGUGGUGCUGCGGAGUGAAAACGGCUCCGUCUGGAAGGAACACAAGAGCCGCUACGGAGAAAGCUACCUGGAUCAGCUCCUCAACGGGAUGGAUGAAGAGCUGGAGAGUCUGGAGGAGCUGGAGAAGCGGAGGGUCUGCCGCAUCAUCACCACCGACUUCCCCCUGUACUUCGUGGUCAUGUCACGGCUCUGCCAGGACUACGACACGAUCGGCCCUGAGGGGGGCUCCCUGAAGAGCCAGCUGGUCCCCCUGGUGCAGGCCACCUUCCCCGAAAAUGCCGUCACCAAGAGGGUGAAGCUGGCCCUGCAGGCCCAGCCUGUACCGGAUGAGCUGGUCACCAAACUCCUGGGCAACCAGGCCACGUUCAGCCCCAUCGUCACUGUGGAGCCGCGGCGCCGGAAGUUCCACCGGCCCAUAGGGCUUCGGAUCCCGCUCCCUCCCUCCUGGACAGACAAUCCGAGGGACAGUGGGGAGGGAGACACCACCAGCCUGCGGCUGCUCUGCAGUGUCAUUGGAGGAACGGACCAGGCCCAGUGGGAAGAUAUAACAGGAACCACCAAACUCGUGUACGCCAACGAGUGCGCCACCUUCACCACCAACGUCUCCGCCAGAUUCUGGCUGUCGGACUGUCCUCGGACGGCCGAGGCCGUGAACUUCGCCUCCCUCCUGUACAAGGAGCUCACCGCGGUGCCCUACACGGCCAGGUUUGUCAUCUUCGCCAAGAUGACCGACCCCCGGGAGGGGCGUCUGCGCUGCUACUGCAUGACGGACGACAAGGUGGACAAGACGCUGGAGCAGCACGAGAACUUCGUGGAGGUGGCCCGGAGCAGGGACAUCGAGGUUUUGGAAGGAAUGCCCCUCUUUGCGGAGCUGUCUGGGAACCUGGUGCCCGUCAAAAAGGCCGCCCAACAGCGGAGUUUCCUCUUCCAGUCGUUUCGGGAGAACCGUUUGGUCAUCCCCGUCAAGGUAAGGGACAGCAGUCGAGAACCAGGAGGGUCCUUGUCAUUCCUGCGCAAGGCGAUGAAAUAUGAGGACACCCAGCACAUUCUUUGUCACCUGAACAUCACCAUGCCACCCUGCACCAAGGGGAGCGGAGCUGACGAGCGGAGGAGGACCCUGACGCCGCUGGGCCUGAAGUACAGCAUUUUCAGCGAGUCCACACUGGGUGUCCUCAGUGGCAUGGACCGAGCAGACAUGAAGAUGGCAAUCAUAUCAGAACACCUGGGCCUCAGCUGGGCAGAGUUGGCCCGGGAGCUGCAGUUCAGCGUGGAAGACAUUAACAGGAUCCGUGUGGAGAACCCCAACUCCUUGCUGGAGCAGAGCGCAGCCUUGCUGAACCUCUGGGUCGUCCGUGAAGGCCAGAACGCAAAGAUGGAGAACCUGUACGCUGCCCUGCGGAGCAUCGACCGCAGUGAGCUCGUGAACAUGCUGGAGAAUUCGAGCCGACAGAGCCGCAAUCUGAAACCAGAGCGGAGGCACGCGGAGCGGGACUACUCAUCCUCUCCCUCCCAGAUGAAUGGUUACUCCUCGCUGCAGGACGAGCUGCUGUCCCCCGCCUCCCUGCACUACGCGCUUCCCUCUCCGCUGCGCGCAGACCAGUACUGGAGCGAGGUGGCCGCCGUCAUAGACGCCAUCCCCUUGGCGGCCACGGAGCAUGACGCCAUGCUGGAGAUGUCUGACAUCCAGGUGUGGUCCGCGGGCCUCACGCCCUCCCUGGUCACUGCUGAGGACUCCUCUCUGGAGUGCAGCAAGGCCGAGGACUCGGACGCCACUGGCCACGAGUGGAAGCUGGAGGGGGCGCUCUCCGAGGGACCCCAGGGCCCCGCGCUGGGCUCUCUGGACCUCGUGGAGGACGACACGGUGGAUUCAGAUGCCACAAAUGGCCUUAUCGAUUUGCUUGAGCAAGAGGAAGGUCAGAGGUCAGAGGAGAAGCUGCCGAGUCAUGAGAGGCAGGAGGACUCGACAGGUGCAGGGCAGGAUUCAGAGAAUGAAGUGUCUCUUGUUUCAGGGCAGCAGAGGGUACAAGCCCGCAUCACAGAAUCCCCCACCGUGAGUCGGGUGACGGACUCGAGCCAGGACAGGCUGCAGGACUGGGAUGCCGAAGGCUCCAUCGUCUCCUACCUACAAGAGGCCACCCAAGGCUCCUGGCCAGAGGAGGUCCCGCGAGGCCCGCACUCAUUCCAGAGAAGGGUCAGCGCCGUCGGAGGCCUGGAGCCCAGCAGGUCCCAGGAGGACGAGGAGGACCUGGCGUCUGCAACCGAGCACGUGCGGGUGAAGCAGCCCCAGGCCGACAGCCCCCGGGCUGGCAGGGAACAGAGCCGACAGAGCCCCAGAGAGCGGCUGCAGGAGGCUGACAGCGCCUCCUCCCACGUGGCGCAGGAGAAUGAGCUUCAGAAUAUUCCAGGAGAGCAGGUGACAGAGGAGCAUUUCACAGAUGAGCAGGGCAACGUCGUCACCAAGAAGAUCAUUCGCAAAGUGGUCCGCCAGAUAGAGCCAUCCGGAGCCGAUGACACCCAGGAGCACGGGGAGGUGAUUUCUGAGGGGCCCCUGGAGGACCCUAGUGAGAUGGAGGCUGAUAUUGAUUUCUUUAUGCCGCACACCAAGGUGGAGCUGAGAGGGAGUGGCCUGCAGCCGGACCUGAUAGAGGGCAGGAAGGGGGCUCAGAUAGUGAAGCGGGCCAGCCUCAAAAGGGGGAAACAGUGAUCUCGAGCCCCUCCCUGUCAAAUGGCCUCUUUGGAGCUCCCGCACUAAACAAGCGUCAUUGUCAGUCUACUUAGUGCCGUGUUUUGUGCAUGUUUGCACAUUUCGUUGGUGAUUUUGGUCUUUGAAGCAGCCCCCGAGCCUAGUGCUGAAGUGCCGUCCAGGGUUGCUAAGAGCGUGGAGGCUUCACGUGCGGGCUGGAUGCAGGAAAUGCGUGUGUUAGAAAAGCUUCGUUCAGGCCUGGGUUCGUUACGGCACCGUUGGAUGUGAGUUCAGCAUUAAUAAAGCAACAAGCGGCAGCUGACCCUUGAACAGAGGGUUGGGACGCAGUUGAAAGUCUGAGCACUGCUCUCUCUGUCUCAGAAAUGAAGGAACUAAUGAAGCUAAAACCGUUGGGACAGAAUCCGGGGCUCAAACCCCAAUUCUUUUGAUCCUACGUGUUUGAUCUCUAGUCCGUCACAAACCUUCCCCCACCCUGAGUUAAAGACCCAUAAAAUGAAAAUUUGGGUACUAUACGUACUGAAAAAAGUCCCCGUAGGAGUGGACCCGCACAAUUCAAGCCCGUGUUGUUCAAGGGUCAGCUGCACGUUAAAUACGUUGUCUUUGAACAGAAACACACGUAACACAAGGUUAUGGCUUCACUGGUUGACAAAAAUGUUGUGACCAGAGGCUGGCAGGACCCCAGUAUGGUGCUUCCCUUGGGAGCAAUGGUCCAGGGUUGGCUAAUUCAAGGUUCCUGGUGACUUCUUUGAACGUGACUACCGGGAACAAUAGAACUGACUGCUUUGGAGACAGUGAAAGCUGGGCUGGGGUCCAGGGUUGAGGCCUGGCUCCCCCGGUUUCCAGGUUGUGUUCCCUUGCACAUCAUUUAACUGCCUGAGCUCCCGUCUCCUUGAGGGAGGAUGAACUAGUCCCUUUGAAUGUGUGUCUCACUCCUGCCAAAAGGCUUACAAGUAACCAUGGUAACCGUGAGAGCGGUUGUGCAGAGUAAGGUGAACAGGUGCUUCCUGGUGCUCAGCUAUCUGCACGUCUCACCCGGGGUGGGUCCCUAGACCUCUUUCAGCCUCGGGGUCCUAGCUGUGAAGUGGCAAUAAUGCCGGUAUUUCCCUUGUAGUGUGGCCACAGUGACCAAUGGGUUCAUGUGUGAAAGGGAUUUCUAAAUCGUCCAGUACUAAUCCACUGAUUCUCAAAAUGUCAUCCAGGCAUCCGAGAGGCUGGUUAAAAUGCAGGUGCCUGGUCCCUGCCCCAGACCUACUGAAUUAAAUCUCUGGAACUCGGGACUCUGCGUCAAGCUUGAGCGAUCUGGAUGAAUACUCAAGAGUGGGUUGUUAGGGUGGGUUCCAGUUUUCCUUCCCAAACCUCCCAGAGGUGACGGGGCAAGAGUGUAGACUUGCCCCUAAACGAAGGGGAGCUGAGAUGAGUGAUGGUUACAGUUUGCCCAAAGCUGUGGAGCACCCCAAAGAACAGAACACCCCAAUCCUAGUCGCCUGUUCUGAUGCCCCCACAGUCACUUCCAACCUUGGGAAGGAUUUUGCAUGAGGCACGAUGGGGGGAGGAGUGCUUUCCGGUCGUAUUCAAGAAGCUAGAAAAUUGCUGUGUAGCUGGGCCUGAUCAAGGGCAGUAGCAGCUGGUGGGUUCUGCCCUGGGCCCCAGUGUAGAGGUCAAGAAUUAGGGGGCCGGUGCCACCAGAAGACAGGCUGGAGCCGGCAGCCAUGUGUCCCCCUGGUUAGAGAGGACCUGCCGGGCACCUGACAGCUCUGCUUUCUGGGCCUCAGA